CCUUCCCGGAAGUCAGCAGCUUCAGGCAGAUGGUGGCGGCCUCGUCAGCCUCGGUGCAGGAAGAGGAUGUUUGCUUCCAGCGGAGGAAUAAUAUCAGCUGAUUCCAGGUUUUUUUAACAGGGUUAAAGCACCGUACAGUUUUUCUGCGGAGCUUCCUGGGCUCAUCCCCCCCAGUUCCCUGCCCUGAAGCCCGGCUCGUGUGCGGCUGAAGCACUGCUGGUGAAGAUGUCCCUGUUCCAGUCGGCACUGGAUUUCCUCGCCGGGCCCGGCUCGUCCGGAGGCGCCGGCCGGGACCAGAAUGACUUCGUCGGACAAGUGGUGGAGCUCGGCGACCUGAAGCUGAGGAUCCGGCGGGUGAUCGCAGAAGGUGGAUUCGCCUUCGUGUAUGAAGCCCAGGACAUGACCAGUGGUAAAGACUACGCUCUCAAGAGGCUGUUGUCAAACGAGGAGGAGAAGAGCAAGGAAAUCAUACAGGAAGUCUGCUUCAUGAAAAAGUUGUCAGGUCAUCCCAACACGGUUCAGUUCUGCUCUGCUGCCUCCAUCAGCAAAGAGGAGUCAGACACUGGACAGGCCGAGUUCCUCAUCCUCACUGAGCUGUGCAAAGGUCAGCUGGUGGACUUCAUAAAGCGAGUAGAGGAGAGGGCGCCCCUGUCAUGUGACACUGUGCUGAAAGUCUUCUACCAGACGUGCCGCGGCGUGCAGCACAUGCACAAACAGAAACCUCCAAUCAUCCACAGAGACCUCAAGAUUGAGAACCUCUUGAUUAGUAACCAGGGCACCAUCAAGCUUUGUGACUUUGGCAGCGCCACCACAGUGUCACACUACCCCGACUACAGCUGGUCGGCACAGAAGAGGUCCAUGGUGGAGGAUGAGAUCACAAGGAACACAACUCCAGCGUACCGAACACCUGAGAUGAUUGAUCUCUACUCCAACUUCCCCAUCAACGAGAAACAGGACAUCUGGGCCCUCGGAUGCAUCCUCUACCUGUUGUGUUUUAAGCAGCACCCGUUCGAGGAGGGGGCCAAGCUGCAAAUCGUCAACGGGAAAUACGCCAUCCCUCAGAAUGACGUGAAGUACACUGUGUAUCACAACCUCAUACGUUCCAUGUUGAAGGUGAACCCAGAGGAGCGUCUGUCCAUCACAGAGUUGGUCAACCAGCUCCAGGAGAUCGCAGCAGCGCGCAACGUCAACCCAAAGUCGCCCAUUACAGAGCUGCUGGAGCAGAACGGAGGUUUUGGCAACAACGGAGCUCAGCCGCCACUGCAGAUCCACAACGUCCACAACAAUGCAGGCAUUUAUGAUCCUGAUCAGUCAGCCAGUGGCCUUUUUGAUAUCUUAAGGGGAGGAACCGAGCGCUUCCUGACCAACAUAAAGGACACUUCCUCUAAGGUCAUCCAAUCAGUAGCCAGCUAUGCCAAAGGAGACCUGGAUAUUUCUUACAUCACAUCUAGAAUAGCAGUCAUGUCCUUCCCAGCAGAGGGGGUGGAGUCGGCAAUAAAGAACAACAUUGAGGACGUCCGGCUGUUCCUAGAUUCACGUCACGCUGGUCACUACGCUGUCUACAACCUCUCCAAGAGAUCCUACAGGCCGUCACGAUUCCACAACAGGGUCUCAGAGUGUAACUGGCAGGUGCGUCGCGCCCCCAACCUACGCAGUCUCUACAGUGUGUGUAAAAACAUGCAUCUCUGGCUCAAACAGGACCAGAGGAACAUCUGUAUAGUUCACUGUCUGGACGGCAGGGCAGCGUCUGCAGUGGCAGUUUGCUCCUUCCUGUGCUUCUGUCGUCUCUUCACCACAGCUGAGGCCGCCGUCUACAUGUUCUCAAUGAAGAGAUGCCCUCCUGGCAUAGCACCCUCUCACAAGAGGUAUAUCGAGUAUAUGUGUGACAUGAUGGCAGAGGAGCCCAUCAUCCCCCACAGCAAGCCCAUAAUGAUCCGCUCCAUCAUCAUGACGCCGAUGCCGCUGUUCAACAAGCAGCGGAACGGGUGCAGGCCGUUCUGUGAAGUCUACGUUGGAGACGAGAGGGUCCUCACCACGUCACAGGAAUACGACAAGAUGAGGGAUUUUAAGAUGGAGGACGGGAGAGCAGAGAUUCCACUCAAUGUGUCAGUCCAAGGAGAUGUACUGGUGGUGAUCUAUCAUGCAAGAUCUACACUGGGAGGGCGUCUGCAGGCCAAGAUGGCAUCCAUGAAAAUGUUUCAGAUCCAGUUCCACACGGGCUUUGUGCCCAGAAACGCGACCAAUGUCAAGUUCAACAAGUACGACUUGGACGCCUGUGACAUCCAGGAGAAGUACCCAGACUUGUUCCAGGUGAACUUAGACAUUGACAUGGAACCCAGGGACAGACCCAGCACCAAGAGCCCACCGUGGGAGAGCUUCCAAACCAAGGGCCUCAACCCCAAAAUCCUGUUCUCCUCUCGUGACGAACAGCAAGAGAUCCUCAGCAAAUUUGGUAAACCGGAGCUGCCUCGUCAGCCAGGCUCCUCAGCAUUUUAUGAUUCAGAGGCGUCUGAGCCGGUGCAGAUUCCAGAGGACCCCAAUCUCACAGAUCCAGAACCAGAACCAGAAUCUCCUGGGAGCACAGAUACCAACGCUAACAACUUUUUCCAGACCCUGGAUUGGGAAGAUGUGAGCGGCCCCCAGGACGCCUCAGACAGUCAAGCAGGGGGAUCCAUGAACGAGCUGGAGGACAUGAGUGAUCAGUCAGAGGGAGAGUCCUACUCCUACUCUGCCCCCGGGGGGGAGCCGCUGUCACGUGACCCCAGCGAACCACUAUUUGAUGCUGACUUUGAGACUCCCCCCCCUGCCGCCCAGGAAGCUCCCAUCGGUGGCACAGCGGAUCUCUUGGGUCUCAACUCUGACCCUGAACCUCCCUUCGCGUCCUCCACCUCCUCCUCUGCUCCUCAACAAGUCCACGGAGGAAUGAAAGCUGCAUCCAGCAACAGCGACCUCCUCACCGAUCUGUUUGCACCCCCUGCUGGUCAGACCGCAGCAGGGCAGGAAGACUUGUUCUUCAGUGAGACCACACCAGAAUCAAAACCCACGGGCGACCUGUUCGAUCCGUUUGGGAUGGGGUCCGGCUCCGGUGUCGGCUCCAGCGUGGGCUCGUCUCGACAGGCCUCCGGACCGGACCUGUUUGGAGACUUGUUGGGUUCUGAUAGCUCGGCCACCAGCGGGUUCAGCUCAGGUCACAGUAACCCCACUCCAGCUUCCAACACCAGCCUCUUCAACCUCAAUAAGCUUGUAAAUGAUGCCCCAAAGAUGACAUCAUCCGCCAGCCAGCCGGACCUGCUGGGCGGGUGGGACAGCUGGGCAGCCGGCACCAACACUGGCAUGAGUAGCACCAGCAGCAAACCCAGCUACACCAGUACAGCUGCUGGGGGGUCGUCCAUGUCAAAGGCCAAGUCUCAGACCUUUGACCCCUUUGCCGACCUCGGAAACCUGGGUUCCAAUUUACCAGGGCCUUCUUUUAGCACGAAGGCUCCUCCCUCCUCUGCUUCCUCCUCCACCAAGGCUCAAGGGCAGCCCUGGCAGUCCGGUAGAGCCGCUGCCGCAGCCCAGGGCAAACCCUGGACUUCGGGAUCAGGAUCCGUACCCAAAACAUCCUCGGCAUCUCAACCUGCAGCCGCGCAGCCCACCAAGCCUAACUACAACCUCAGCUUCGCUAGUGUCAUCGGCGGGAGAGAUGAGAGAGGCGUGCGUGGGCCUGGGUUCGGCCCCAAGCCGAAGGUAAAGCGGGACGACUUUGAGGACCUGCUGUCCACUCAGGGUUUUGCCUCUAAGCUCGAUAAGAAGGGACCGAGGACCAUCGCGGAAAUGAGAAGACAGGAGAUUACAAAAGACAUGGAUCCGCUCAAACUGCAGAUCUUGGACUGGAUCGAAGGGAAGGAGCGAAACAUCCGGGCGCUGCUGUCGACGCUGCACACGGUGCUGUGGGAGGGAGAAACCCGCUGGAGGCCUGUGAGCAUGGCCGACCUGUUGACCCCGGACCACGUGAAGAAGUACUACAGAAAGGCUGUGCUGAUUGUCCAUCCAGAUAAGGCGACCGACCAGCCCUAUGAACACUACGCUAAGAUGAUCUUCAUGGAACUGAACGACGCCUGGUCAGAGUUCGAGAACCAGGGAUCCAAAGCACUCUUCUGAAAGCCUGGUCUGGAUCCCAGCUCCACUGGACUGGAUUCGGCCUAACCAGUCACGGGGUUAGACCGGGCCAGAUAAGACAGGACUGAGCCCACAUUGGGCCUUAGGGGGCCAAGAGCCUCUGAGAGGUGUCCUCUCUACCAUUCCCUUCACUCCCUUAUUCCUUCUUUACGUUCUUCUGUUCCUACAGUCGAGGGGAAAAUACCUUUUUUGUUUCAUGCCUGGCUGUAGUUAAAAAAAAUCCUCACUGGUUAUUAAAGUGCCAGUUAAAUGUUGUGAUCGUUCUUAAACUCACUGCCUACCUGUACGACUGCCUGAGUGGAGCUGCAACGGAAGGAGGAACGGGUGACAAUCACUCCGAGAAGACACAGUGGGAAAGAAAUAGGAAAAUAGAAGGACUUCUGAAACUACGCAGAUGAUUAUCAACACAGUGGUAUUCCGAUUAAAAACAAAAAUAAGAUUUAUUUAUCCCUGACUAAUAAAAUGCUGGUAAUUUUGGCUGUGGCUUGUAGGUUUGUCAUCUGUGCUUGGCACUUUUGCAGACAACCAGUCAUUUAUUUUACUGGUCAAAAAAAAAAAAAAAAGGACAUUUUCCAAAACAUGAUUUAAACAUUUUGAAGCUGAAAAAGUAACAAACGUUGCUGAUGAAUCUGGGAACGUAGCGACGGACAGGAACAGUCCUGAACUCUCACUGCAGAAGAUCUGUGGAUGAAACACGUCUGCUUUGAGCCAGUCCCUCUCCAGAAGGACCAGACGACUGCCUGCUGAACACUACUCGUGCUGCUUGUACCAUUGUAGUUAUUGCCACACACACACACACACUGCUCAGACUGAUGUGAAAACCUGCAUCCUGAACUCCCGACGACGGAGCUGAUCUUGUUUCGGAGCCCCAUAUAAACCCAAGUGGGCCGUGUGUUGUUUAUUGAAGUGCUCUUUGAAUUCCAGCCAAUCGGGCUUCACCGUGUAGCGUCGCGACUGCAUGCUCUCCCAACGACAGGGGGUGGGCGUGUUUGAUUUCCAAACCAGGGUAGUCCAAAUGGGCGGUGGCUCUUUUUUUUUAAAUUGAAGUGCUCUUUUUCUUGUAGCAGAAACUGAGUAAUAUUUGCCGAGGGGCCGACGUCUCUGUUCCUCGGCGCUCACUCACAGCUUGUCGCUUCUGAAGCAUCUCCAUCCCCCCCCACUCUGUUCGUCUCAGUAAACCCGAGCCUCGUUCAGUGGAUGGUCAGUUUAUAGGAGAUCAAAAAGUUAAAAGAGAAGAGAGAACAUGGUGAUUAAAACUUUUUUAUCAUUUUCUUUGGCGGGGGGGGGGGGGGGGGGUUCCUGUGUUAAGGUUUCUACUUUCCUUCUUGUUCGUUAAUCAUCCCAUUGAUUGUAAAUAUAAAAACAUCAUCCAUCAAGUGGCUUUGUUGAGAUUACAGCCUGUGUGCGUGUGUGUGUGAGUCUGUAUGUGUGUGUGUUUCUGGAGUAGACAAUGAAACCGAUGUUACACACAAUGCUUUUCUGUCACAAUCUCUUCCUCAUUAGCUUCAUUUUUUCAGCCACGUUUGUUUUUUGUUUCUUUCCAACCUAUUUUUUUUUUAUCGUUUCACAUUUUACCUCAUGAACCAAUCGAAUCACCUGUUUUCCUAUUUAUUAUUGUUUUGUUGGGGGAGUGUGGGGGCGUUAUGAUGACAUGUAUUCAUGCGUAUUAAUGGCACAAAGUAAAAGAAGAGAAAAUCAGAUAAUAUAUAAGUGGAAUGUGCUGAGUGCAGAUAGGACAGUUGUUGGUUGAUCACAGCCUCUUGUCGCUUGUUUCAUUCCAAAGCAUCUAUUAUGAAUACGAAUGUGCUUUUACAAAUAUAUAUAUAUCCUCUCUGUUGUUAUGUGCUAUGUGUUUUAUCAUUUUUUUCUUUUUUGUUUCGUUCUUUUCUGAAGUCGUUCCUUCUGUUUUUACUUUUUUUGCUACAAUUCCAACACGAGGGGCCAGUAAAACCUACGUAUGACGCUGGGGAAAUAAAAUUAAAUCAACUGAUGCUUGAAAUUCAGUUGAACCUCCAGACAGCGUGAUCACCAGUAUAAAGAGGGGGGCUUGUAAAACCAUGUACUGGCAGUGUUUACUGAACCAAAUUACAUCAUACUAAUAUGAAUGUAGAUUUCAAUGCAAAAACAAAUAAAACUUUUGAUCUGA